AUGGCCUUGUACAAUCACUCUUUGAUAAGAGAAUUCAUUCUGGUGGGGUUAACAGACCAGCCUGGCCUCCAAGUACCACUGUUCUUGCUCUUUCUAUUAAUGUAUAUGAUAACCACAAUGGGAAAUCUAACUUUAAUCAUUCUAAUUGUGCUGAAUUCUCACCUGCACACCCCCAUGUACUUUUUCCUCUUUAAUUUGUCCUGCAUAGACAACUGUUUCUCUUCUGUGAUUAUACCCAAAAUGCUAAUGAACUUCAUGCUACAGAAGAAUAUCAUCUCUUAUACAGGAUGCAUGACUCAGGUCUACUUCUUCUGUUUUUUAAUCAUUUCUGAAUGCUAUAUGCUGACAGCAAUGGCCUACGAUCGCUAUGUGGCCAUCUGCAAUCCACUCUUGUAUAAAAUUGCCAUGUCUCCUAGGGUAUGUUCCUAUCUUAUGCUUGGUUCAUACUUCAUGGGGUUUUCAGGUGCCAUGAUUCAUACCGGAUGCAUACUGAGACUGACCUUCUGUGAUGGAAACACCAUCAAUCACUAUUUCUGUGACAUCCUCCCAUUGCUCCAGCUCUCCUGCACCAGCACUUUUGCCAAUAAGUUAGAAAUUUUCAUUGUCGGAGGGAAGGACAUCAUUGUUCAUACUGCGGUCAUCUUUACCUCUUAUGGUUUCAUCUUAUCCACAAUCCUUCAAAUAAGGACCACUGAGGGACGGUCUAAAGCCUUCGGCACAUGUGGUUCCCACAUAAUUGCCAUUUCUGUGUUUUUUGGAUCAGGUGCAUUUACAUAUCUGAAACCUUCCUCAGCUGCAUCUCUGAAUGAAGGGAAAUUAUUUUCCACAUUUUAUACAAUUGUAGUUCCAAUGCUGAAUCCUUUAAUCUACAGCUUAAGGAACAAAGAUGUUAAGGUUGCCCUGACAAAAACCCUAACCAAAAAAUUUGUUUGGAAUAAAAAUUGA